AGAUCGAUGGCUGCACCCAGUGGGAAGUCAUAGAACUGACUGACCACAGCUACACAAUGCCAGUGCAAAUUAAGCCACAUGUGACAUCGAGAAUGUCAGCAGAUGACAUACAAUUUUACACUGGUGUUUCUAAGGAAGUUUUCCACGCCCUUUUAAAAAUUAUCAGUGGGAUGUCAGUGCCAACCUCAAACCUCCCAUUAGACGAUCAGCUGCUUCUAACACUUAUGCGCCUGAGACUCGGCCUUUUGUAUAAGGACCUAGCUUGGAGAUUUAAUACCUCUCCCUCUUCUGCUUGCAGGUGUUUUAACAACAUCCUCAAAUGUCUCCACGAAAUAAUGAAAGGUUGUGUGGUAUGGUUACCAAGGUCAAGAAUUCAGAGGAGCAUGCCACAAUCGUUCAUUGACAGUGGACAUGGAAACACAACCUGUAUAUUUGACUGUACAGAAGUAGCACUGCAGCGACCAUCAAAGCAGAAAGCCAGGGCACAGACCUACAGCUCGUAUAAAGCCCAUAACACAGUUAAAUUUUUAACUGUUAUUGCUCCGAAUGGGCUCAUAAUGUUUGUUUCACGGACAUUCGGUGGCCGUGCCUCAGAUAAGUAUAUUGUCAAAAACUGUGGGGUGCAAGAGUUCUUCGUUAAAGGAGAUGUCAUAAUGGCUGACCGAGGCUUUUCUCUGGAUCCAUACUUGGAGGCUCAAGGAGUAAAGAUGAAUGUGCCAGCAUUCACGAAAGGCAAAAGCCAGCUCUCCGAAAAAGAAGUGACAGCUACACGACGCAUUGCUUCAGUGCGAAUCCACGUAGAAAGAGCCAUCAACAGGCUGAAGACUUACAGGAUAUUUCAGGGAGUUCUUCCAAUCAAAUGCAGGAAGACAAUCGACUCCAUGAUUUUUGUAUGUGCUGGGCUUUGCAACCUGAAAAGGCCACUCAUCGCAAAGUAA